ACCAUGGCCUCCCUCUUCACCGGCAAGGUCCUGGUGGCCAACCGGGACCGGGACGAGCUGGACACGGAGCGGGAGCUGCACCGGGUACUGGAGAAGCGCCGCGCCUUCCUCCGGGCCAUGCCCGAGCGCUGGCUCGCCCUCCCCUUCGGGGAUGCCUUCGGCAGGGAGCUGGAGCUGCGCUUCGCCGUAGCCCAGGUGCCAGCCGUGGUGGUGCUGAAGCCGAGCGGGGAGGUGAUCGCCGGGAAUGCCGUGGAGGAGAUCCGGAGCAUGGGGCCCGCUUGCUUCCGGAGCUGGCAGGAGGCCGCCGAGCUGGUGGACAGGAAUUUUCUCCUGGCAGAGGACUGGGAGAAGCGGAGCAGGAGGAGCAUCACGGACCCCAUCCGCCGCCUCAAGUACAAGCUGGACAAGAAGGUGGAGGUGAAGAGCAAGGAAAGGAAAGAGGAAGGGGAAGACUUGGAAUAGGGGCUCAAAGAAGGGGCCGAUGCCCCUACCCAGCAUCUCCAGGACAGCAACAUCUGCAUCGCUCCUAGGAGCUGGGGGAGGGAAAACCUCACCCCAAGGUCUUUGCCAUUUAUCUACCAAAAAAGCGAGCAGAAAAGUAACUGCGAAAGACCAGAAUUUGGGGAAUGACUCCCUGAGCAGCUCAAAAUGGGAAUUCACAGAGGCAUGGAGUGGGGUGGGUUGGAAGGGACCUUAAAGCUCCUCCAGUUCCACCCCCCUGCACCUUCCAUAGAGCAGCUUGCUCCAAGCUGGCCUUGAACACUGCCAGGGAUGGGGCAUCCAAACCUUCUCCAUUCAACCCAUCCCAGUGUCCCCAAGGAAGAGCUUCUGCCCAAGAGCUCAUCUCCAUCUCCCCUCGGGCAGGUUAAAGCCAUUCCCCUGGUCCUGUCCCUGCAUCCCUCAUCCCAAGCCCCUCUCCAGGUUUCCUAUAUCCCCUUUAGG